ACUAUUUAAUAUAAAUCUGUCGAAGAGCAAAGUCCCUCAUUGAAUCGAUAAGAUGCAUUAAAUAAUUACUCUCUCUUUCGGAAUGAAAAAAAAUCCGCACGUGUAAUCCUUGUUAUCUGACGUGCAUUUAAAAGUAAACCUCGACUAUUCAGUUAACAUUCAUACAGUCAGAUGUCACUCUAAAGUUGUAUCUUUCUCAUCACUCUCUUUGUUUAUACGUUCUUCUUCAUUUGGAAUGAUCGAUACAAGUUAACGUUUGUGUUUCAGUGCGUUCAUUCACUUGUAUAAUUAUAUGUAUAGCACAAUAUAUAAUUAUUAAUAAAUUUGAUAUAUUUUUUCCUAUAUUUAUUACAUACACUGAGCAUGUACUAAUCAUAUCAAUCAAUGGGCAAGACAUAUUAUUGCGACUAUUGCGAUAGAUCUUUCAAGGACGACGUGGAAGCCCGUAAAAAGCAUCUGUCAAGUUUGCAGCAUGCAAAAAAUCGAGCAAAUCAUUACAACGCAUUUAAAGAUCCGGAAACAAUAUUGAAAGAAGAAUACGCAAAGACUCCAUGCAAACGUUAUAUGACAGUUGGAGACUGCGCUUUCGGUUUCGGUUGUCGAUAUUCACAUUACACGCCUCACAUGAUAUGGGAACUUCAACAGCUCGCCGCAAUGAAAAAUUUCAAAAGUUUGACAGUUCAACCUAAAGAUGGCUGGCCAAAUUCGGAAGAUAUUAUUAAAGAGUAUUUCGAGAACGUGCUAGAUUCGAGCGGUACCGAAGAGCUCAAUUAUCCAGUAUGGAGUAUGUCGUCAAGAUUAAUGAAUUAUCCUUAUCUACCUCCAUCUUUACAACCCGUUACAUCAGAAAGAAUGAUAGACUGCAAUUUCAACAAAUGGGGUUGAAAAAAGCCCAGAGUACACUCUUGAGACAUUUUUCAAAAUAAAAGGAGCACAUAUUCGCAAUCUUAUCGCGUUUAAUUCUUCAAAAAUGUACUCUCUCAGAUAGCUCAGAUACAUGGUAUCCCCGCCAAAAUUCAAACCCUGCUCGCUAUAUCGUCGGA